AUGCCUCUCGCCCAACCCGCCGCCGAUGUCUGGACACUUGUCGCCGACAUUGCCGAACAGACACCCGAUGCGCCGGCCCUGAUCCAUGGCGACCGGGCGAUCUCCUUCCUCGAACUGACCGAGAGCGCGCGGCGCGCGGCGCAGGGGCUCGCGGAUCUGGGCGUCGGCCCGGGCGACCGAGUGGCGUUGUGGCUGCCCAACGUACCGGCCUAUCCGAUCCUCUACCUCGCCUGCAUCCGCCUCGGCGCCAUCGCCGUCGCCGUGAACACCCGCUAUCGCGCGGUCGAGGUGGCCGACAUCGUGGGCCGUUCCGGGCGCCAAGGUGCUGGCCUGCGCGCCCGGCUUCCGGCGGAUCGACUUCCUUUCGAUCCUCGCCGACAUCGAGCCCGAGGCACUGGACCUGCUCGCGGCCAUCGUUGCGGUGGGUGA